AGUGCAGCCGGCGCACUCUCCCGCGCGCGCGCGGAUACACACACGCACGCAACACAUACACACACACACACACACACACACACACACACACACACACUCUUACACUCACACUCACACAUACACACACACUCCUCCCCAUCCCUUCCAUCUCCCAGUCUCGCUCUCUCUCUGCCUCUCUCUUUCUUCCUCUCUUCUUUCUUCCCGUCUCUUCUCUCUUUCUUCUUCGUUCCUUCCUUUGCCUCUCUCUCUCUCCUCGCUCACGUCUAGGUCUUUCCUCCCUUGCCUCCAAGUUACCUCCCCCUUCUCUAGGUCUGGGUCUGUCUGUCUGAGUCUGUCUCUCCCUUUCUCCUCCCUCUUUCUCCCUCCUGUUUCUCCCCCUCUCCAUUCUUUCUCACCUCCCCAUCUCCUCUCUUUUUUGUCUCUCCCCCUCAUCCUCCCUCCGUCAUCUCUCCCCCCUCUCCAUCCUUUCCUCUCCCCUUCCCCCCUUUUCUCCCUUAACCCUCCUUUCUCUCCCUCCCCUUCUCCCCCCCCCCCCCAUGAGGGCUUCUCAAAAAUAACCGCGGCGUGGCGUCUCUUUUGCUGCUUCAGCAGAGCCCCAUGGAGCCUGCCCGCGGCUCUCGCCGGCUCCGCUCCUGGUCCCUGCUCUUCCUGCUCCUGGCAGCGUCCCAUAGCUGGUCAGGAGCGCAGGGUCAGGAGGAGAUUCAGGUGCUACAACCUAAAGAUCCUGUGUCUGUGGCAGAGGGAGAGACGGUCACACUGAACUGCACACUGCCUGGGAUACAACCUCCAGGGCCAGUGAUAUGGUUCAAGGGAAAAGGGUCCCAACGGCAGGAAGUUUACAAUUUCAAAGGAGGCGUCAACCCACGGAUAAUGAAAACUGCCCCGCUCUCCAGCAUUACAGACUUCUCCAUCAGCAUCAGCAACAUCACUCCUGAGGACUCAGGAACCUACUACUGUGUAAAGUUCAAAAGGGGGACUACUGACACAGAGCUUAAAUCCGGGGGGGGCACCAUGCUGUCUGUGACGGCCAGACCUUCUUUGCCUGUAGUGUCCGGUCCCCAAGAGAGAGUAAACGUUGGCAAGCACAUGGAGAAUUUCACCUGUAACUCAACUGGCUUCUCCCCUAAAGACAUCACCCUAAAAUGGUUUAAAAAUGGGAAUGUGAUCCCUACCAGCUGGACCAAGAUUUUCCCUGAGAAUGAUAGUGUCUCCUACAACGUCACCAGUGUUGCGCUGGUGAACCUAGAAGCUAGCGACGUCCGUUCCGAGGUCAUCUGUGAGGUGACUCAUAGCACAUUAGGAACUCCUCUUCGAGGGACAAAGAAUUUGUCAGACAUUAUCCGAGUUAAUCCUGAAGUGAGCAUUUCUCCUCAAAUAAUCCCCACGAACAGCACCAACAUCACCUGUCAUGUGAACAAGUUCUAUCCUAAAAAUGUGAGUGUUAUCUGGCUAGAAAAUGGCACUGAAAUUACAAAAGAGAAGACACCUGAACCCACAGAGAACAGAGAUGGUACCUACAGCCUCAACAUCUCACUCCUGGUCAACACAUCUGAACAAAAGGAAUCCCGGGAGAUCACCUGUCAGGUGUUGCAUGAUUCCCAGCCUCCGAUCAGUAUCAAUAGAACACUUAUGCCCACCCACAAUUCGGGGACUGUGGAUAAAAAAGAAUCAGAGCCUGGAUCCCAGAACAUCUUUAUUGCAGUGGGGAUAGUGUGUAUUGUGCUGGCCGCUCUGCUGAUUGCCACCAUCUACCUCAUCCGAGCCAAACAGAAGAAAGCAAAAGGUUCGACUUCUUCUACAAGAUUACAUGAGCCGGAAAAAAAUGCCAGAGACCUAAGCCAGAUCCAGGAUGCAAAUGAUAUCAACAGUGACAUCACCUAUGCAGAUCUGAACCUGCCUAGAGGUAAAAAGAGCGCCCCUCGAGCUGUGGAGACCAACAGCCAGACUGAGUACGCCAGCAUCCAGACUGGCCCAUCCCCUCAGCGAGAGGAUAACCUGACCUACGCAGACCUGGACAUGGUCCACCUGAAUCGAUCAUCCAAGAAGCCUGCAGCCAGACCCGAAGAAUCGUAUUCAGAAUAUGCCAGUGUCCAAGUCCAGAGGAAGUGAACGCCGCUUCUGGGUUGCUGGUUUCACGGGGCGGCGGCAGUGGCAGAUCAGGAAGGCUCUUGCUGGAGCGCUACAAAGUUGGCGGCACAGCCCCCCAGGAAGUGCGGUGGAAGUGCCCGCCAAUCUCUGCUUACCGCGAAAGCUGCGUCCUUUGGGACCCAUUGAUGAGGGGGGAGGAUGGCCCCACAUUGCUCUCCACUGUACACUAACUCAUGAGCUUGGUGUGCACUUCCACCAAGGGACCAAGGGCUUUGGGGCAAGCUACGUUUCAAACAUUUCCAAAUGCAGAGGGUGACAUUCCAAAACUAAAGUUGAGUAAAGGAACAGAAAUCUGGGAGAUUGCUGCCCCUCCCCCCUGUGGUGACAUCACAAUGGCCUGGGAGCACAGGCUCCCCUCCCUGCCCCAGCCCAGCCUGCCCUGCUGGGAUGGGGGCACACUCUUUAGACAGAUCACCUUCAUGGCUUUUCAGUAACACAGUCACUGACUCCAGUGUCCCCCUAACUAUGUUCUUCCAGGGCAAAACACGAAGGAAAAGCCUACCCUCUCUUCUCCCAACCCACCUGUGACUGCACGUUGCUCUAGGAGAAAAUUCUCCAGAUUCUUUUUUGCAGAGAGGCUGGAAAAAAAACUUUGUGAACUGUUCAGUGAGACUUGGCUAGGGGUUAUGGUCAGGCUUCCCAGCUCUCCUGCUUGUGUUCCAGGACAGACUUGGUGUGUCUGUCAGGAGAGGUGGACCUUCAGACUAAAUCAGAACACCUACUUACACAACUCACUUUUGACUAAGGGUCGUGUGUAACUUGACUCUCCCCUGGACAACCCUCCCCCAAACUCAGUUGUCCCAGCUGUAACUCCAUACAGACACGCCUCUCAUUUCUAGACCUGAAUUUUGCUUCCAGCCCACACUAACACAGCAAUGCCUCGCUGCUGUUUACUCCUGUAAAUUAUUAAGAAAUGUGAAAUGUGCAAUCUUGAAACCAAGGUGUUAGAAAAUUUGAUCUGUGGUUUUUUUUUUCUUUUAAGCAUUAUAUUGGCUCUUUGUCAUGUGUUGAAGUCCUGUGUUGCACAUGGUUGAGUCUUACAGGGUGUAGGAGGGUUUAUCCUUUGCUGUUCAGGAUGAGUUUUCUUGAAGCAGAAACAGAAUUCUAUACAGUUACCAGAAGAUUACUGGGCAGAUAGCCACAGUCCAGCUAUUCCUUGGGGGCACCUUGCUUUCUGAGUGUGAUUAAAUUGGCGAUGAUGACUUUGGUGGGAUGGAGCAAGUGCCCUGUGGCCGAUACUUCUGCUAACCUUAGCCUUUGCCAUAAGCAGAGCUGCUGAGACAAUGUCUCCAGCAAUUUGGGGGGGCAGCAUCCUUGGUUGUGUGAGCUAGUGGAUAGGCUGCCUGAAAAUGCCCAAACCAAGCUCCCACCCAGCUCCAACACUAGCUCACUAAGUGGCCCUAAAAGAGUCACUUAGUCUGGUGCCUCAGUUUCUCCACCUGUAAAAUGAAAAUGAGAAGAUUUGCUACCAAUCUCUAUAAAGCACUUUAUGAUUCUGGAGUCCAGGGGACCAUUUAGGUGAAUUAUUCUCCUCGCAGAAGCAGCUAAAGAGCCAGCACCAUAGCUCUGGAACCUGUCUUCUCCGGGACACCCCCUUCUGUUUCUGCUCUUUGCAACUGCCAGAGUGAAGCUGGACCAGACAGAGAAGCAGAGAGUUACUGGAGGGCAGUGAAGCCAGUCUCAGCUCCUCCCUCGUCCUCCCAUCUCCAAAGCUGUGGCAUAGGCUAAUGGCUUCUCCUGAUUUUCCAGCAGUGACACCAAUUACCAUCCUGUCAUUCAGACUGUGAAACAGAUCUUCUAGAUGGAAAGCUGACGGGGUGAGGGGAUGGUGGAGCCAGGAAUCCAGGGAGGGCAGAUGUUGCAUGACCUGUUUUGACUGUGUUGACACAUUAACUGUUCAAUCUUUUCCAGCUAAAUGCAAAUAUCCCCACUCUCCCAGGGUUCAACGACUCUAUCCAGAAUUCUUGGCUAGGUGAGUCAGAAAUAAGACAUUGGCCUAGAGAGAACCUUGCCCCUCGCCCCAAGUGAGACCUUUCUCUGGAACAUUUUAUGUUCCUGGCAUUAACAUGGCUGUUUGGGGGACAAGAUUGCGGUUCCCAGCACAAGACUCAUGCUGCUUGGCAUGUGAAGAAGUGAAGGAAGUAUCUGAUUAAACAUGCAGCACGACCAUAAUUGUUGCCGUAAUCAGUGUCAUCUGUGGGGUUUGUUUUAGGUGGCUCGACAACCACCAGCCAGGAACAUCUGGUGAAAUCAUUCCCUUUUCUCAUGUAGGUCCUUCCGGAACCCAAAAACGUUGGCUUGCAAACUGCCUCCCUCAUCCCCACUCAGCUUCCUUCACUGGAAACACCAUCGUAUUUGAGGAAAACAUUCUCAAAUCCUCUUGUUCUCUUGGUGCCAUCAUUUUUUGUGUGUGUCUUUUAUCGGGGUAAGGGGUGGUAUUGGGGGGAGACGAGGAUGGAAAGAAGCCAAAGGAAAUAGAGAGCUUUAGCUUUAGCUCAGCUGCUUUGAGAGAGAUCUGUGCAGAGACAGUAUGAUGGUGCUCAGGUGAGGAAGAAAUAGAAACAUGAGAAGAAAUGGAGUGUCCAAGGUUUCUUUGAAGAACACCGGGAAGGAGCCAGGCCCCGAUUUGUAUAUACUUGCUUCUUAAACUUUUUUGGCUUGCAAAAUAUUUUUGUAAUAAAGAUUUCCGGGAAAUAAUAAUUUGAAAAGUUGAAAAAAA